CCACACAAUCUCCAUAUCCAUCUCCAUUGUUUUUAGAGCCAACUGGAAAAGGUUCAGAGACCAACAGCCAAUGCCAUGGAGCUUUGUAUCAGGUCCAGAGCGCUUCUAAAUUGGAACCAACAGGCACCACAGUUUCUGGGCAAAAGCUCUCUUUCCGCUAACCUCAAAACCCAGUUUCUCCAAUUCAACAAGAAGAAGAGUAAUCCCUUGAGUUUGCACAAACUCCCAUCAUUUUCCCGCCGAACCCAUCAUUCAGCAUUCCCUAAAUGUGCUCGUAAAUCAACAGCGUCAGCUUCUUCUUCUUCUGUGGCUGUUGGACCUGAGAAAGACCGACUUCCAGCGGACAUUGGUAUCACGGAGACUGUAGAGCCCAAUUCUAGAUUGAAGUUGGCUGUAGAAGUUCCACCGGCUGUAUGCGACGACUGUUAUAAAAGGGUCAUGAAUGAGUUCAUGAAGCAAGCUAAAGUCCCUGGCUUUCGUCCUGGAAAGAAUGUUCCAGAGAGUAUUCUUUUAAGUUAUGUUGGCAAGCAGAAUGUUCUGAAGGCUACAGUGGAAUCUGUUUUGAAGAGGACCCUUCCACAUGCCAUGGCUUCGGUAACUGGAAGGGCUUUGAGGGAUUCAGUCCGCAUUGUAACCAAAUUCUCUGAUAUGGAGAAGGCAUAUUCUUCUCACAACUCUCUCAGAUAUGACGUUAUCGUUGAUGUGGCACCUGAAGUCAAAUGGAUCCCUGAUAAUGGAUACAAAAAUUUGAAGAUUGUUGUUGAAAUAGACAGUGACAUAAAUGCAAAGGUAGCUUCUGAAAAAGAAUUAAGACAACGUCAAAAGUCCCUUGGUGCAUUGAAAAUUGUGACUGACAGAGGACUGCAGAUUGGCGAUGUUGUAGUGCUUGACAUUUCAGCAACAAAAAUUGAUGAAGAUAAAUCAAAUGCUCAAAAUAUUCCAGACGCAGAGAGUAAAGGUUUUCAUUUUGAUACGGAGGAUGGUGAUAAAGUACUUCCUGGUUUUCUUGAUUCAAUAAUUGGAAUCCAACAAGGAGAAAAAAAGUCCUUCCCACUUGUGUUUCCUGAAUCAUGGAGCCAACCAAGUCUUCGUGGUGUUAAUGCUCAAUUUACUGUUCAAUGCAAAGAAUUGUUCUAUAGAGACAUGCCUGAGUUGGAUGAUUCCCUUGCUGACAAACUCCUUCCUGGAUGCACCACCUUGGAACAGGUCAAGGAAUCAUUGUUUCAGAAAUGCCUAGAAGUGGAGCAAAUGGCAAAAGAUCGAGCAACUGACAAUGCAAUUCUUGACCAGCUUUGUAAGAUGGUGGAGGUCGAUAUUCCCCAAUCCCUGUUUGAGGAACAAGGUAGACAGCUAUAUGGAGCAAGACUUCUUGAAAUUCAGGCAAAUAUGAAACUGAAUGAGCAGCAGUUGGCUUCUCUGUCUAGUCCAAAGGCAGUUAAUGAGUACCUGGAAAACCAAAAGGAGAACAUAGCAAAUAUGAUGAAACAAAAUCUGGCUGUUGGAGAUAUAUUUGAACGAGAAAACUUGCAGUUUUCAACUGACGAGCUUGUAAAAGAAGUUGAGAACUCAAUUGCCGAAUUCAAACGGCACAAACAGGAAUAUGACGAGGACAGAAUUAGGGAACAGGUACAAGAGGUACUAGAGGGAGCUAAAGUGCUUGAGUGGCUGAGAGAACAUGCAGAAAUUCAGUACAUAACCAGGUGAGGGAGAAGGGUGGGGGGAAGAGAUUUCUACACAGUGCGAAAGGGUCUAGUAGAAAUUGCAUUAUAGAGGUGGUGAUGGUUCUCAAAAUUUUGUUUCUUUCUGCAAUAAAUAUGGAACGAAAUGCGUCUCGUCAGUGUAGCAAUCUGAAAGGAUGAACAUAGGACAUGCAGUUCGAUAUGCAAAUUGUGCAUCUGUUGUAAAUUAUGCACUUGUGUAGGCGAUGAACGCGGCUUCUUACAAUGAAAGCAGAUUGUUUAACUUUAGUAAUAGCUGAGCCUAGUAAGAUUUGCUUAGUUGCAAUUGUUGUUUUGCCUUUAGAAGAGUUGUUUCGUUGCAAAGUGACAUAAACCUUCAUUAGGCAUUGAGCCAAUUCCAUGACCAGCUCUGUUCUGUAUCAUCCCUUAUACGAUAUCCAAGAAGCUAAACCACAAGUCAAAUCUGUAAUUUGCAUUUCUAAUUAUGGUUAACGGUUAUACAAUCAGCUGGAAUACAUGACUUCAAAAUGUCAGUCUUGGUGAAAAUUAAAAAUAAAACAUAAAAAAAAAAAA